AUGGGGACAACAUGCUCAAAGACUACAAACCAAGCGGAAUUAGAGAGUCGACGCAUUCAGCGGGAGAUACGAUUGGGUCUGGCCCCGCUGUCGCGUCUGCCUUCAAAUAGACAUUCGUUGGUUGAUGGAAGGGCAUCUGUGAGUACGCAUCAAGGACCUCGUGGUGCCUACAGGCGCGUGACCACAUCUUCUGUUGAAUACGGUGCUGGUAUGAGGCACAUAUCGCCCCACAGAAACGGUACGGGUAUCAUGUCUUCACCGCGUCGCGCGUUGACGCCUAAUGUCGUAGAAAGAAGAAGUCUUCGUCUAUCUCGUCACCUGCCUCCUAGUCGUUUUCCGCCUCCGCCAAGAGAGGGAUUGGCGUCGAAGGAUAUUCAUAAACCGGUUUCCAACGCGGGAAAAAUGAAACAUCCGACACCCAAGGGACCAAAUGGGAGAGACUCGACACCGAAGAGUAAAACGGCUGAAUCUCAUGGAAGCAAAACAAGGGUGGAAAAAAAGAACCUGGAAAAAAUAAAGUUGAAACCAGUAGUGAGGCAGGCAUUGAAUUUACUCUCUGUGGAGGAGCUUCAGUGCCGUGCUGAAAUAAUGAACGAGGCAAACGCGCAUUUCAGUGAACUGGAAGUGCGAUUUGGAUAUUUUGUUGAGUUGGAGACUAUUCGUGUGGCAGCUUUUGAGCUAUUCGUGCUGCAGACCAAAUCAAGAGAAGCUGUUUACGAGCAAGAGGGCAGCGAGCGGAAACUUUUAUUGUUUUGGAUGAAUCAGACACUUGAAGAGGCCAAAUUGAAGGACCUUAUUGAAGCAACGCAGAGACGACACAGGAGCAUGUCUCCUCGUUCUUCAAAUUACCGUCGGUCCAAGUCUCUCGGGUCACAAGAGACCUCAAGUAAGCGGCCGAGCAACUCGAGAAAACGAUCGUCUUCUUAUUAUCUAGGUGGUGAUAGGCGCAAGGAUGAAAGCGAAAUGCUAAUGAAACAAACCACACCAGUUUCAACACCGCGUGUUGACCGUAUUGCCCCUGUGGUCGAAAGGGACAUACUUAGUGAGGACCUUAACCGCAAGAUAGGGCGACAAACACUUUUGAUGCGAGGGACUCUCCCUUCGUACUCUCCGAACAGUGCCAAUAUUUCUCCCCAUGUAAUAUCAAAUGUUGCUUUUCCGCAACAGGUAUGCAACAAAGCAGAAUUUCAUCCACAAAAGCAUCGCCCGGCUCCCCCUGUUCCAAGUCUUCCGUCGGAUUGGCGAGAGGAGUCUUCUUCUAGACCUGUAUUUUAUGAUCCUUAUCGCACUCCACUUAGAAGUACGUCGGCGCACUUAAAGGGGGAGAGUGAUUUGGCGAUGAAGAAGAGGCUUGCAGCACUUUUAAUGGCCUAG